AUGUCUACUCCCGCUCCCCUCACUGUCCUAUACACCUACAAAGCAAAGAUGUGUGUGCCCCACUCUGUCAUCAUGACCAUUCCGUCAACCACAUUCCACAUACACACCUCCCUCCUCUUCGACCCCAAAAAGAAGGCAUUCGUGAAGAAUGUCUCAAUAGAAGUCAACCCUGGGACGGGCGAGAUUGUAAGCGUUACCGAACGCCCCAGGGAGAGCUUCUCCGCCAAAGAUAGGGAUAUCGACCUCACUAGCAAGGUGGUGCUUCCUGGAUUAGUAGACUCCCACACACACAUCUUUCUUCACUCCUACGAAGAACGCAAUGGCACCCAACAAAUGCGCGACCAGUCAGCUGUCGAGCGCAUCGUCCGCGCAACAAAUCACGCCCGCGCUGCUCUUCUGGCAGGCUACACCACCUACCGAGAUCUCGGGACCGAAGCCCUAGGGAACGCCGACGCUAAUCUGCGGGACUGCGUCAACCGCGGCUUGACCCCCGGCCCAAGGCUCCUGGUUGCCACGGACGCCCUUGCCAGCUCUGGUUCCUAUGAACUCAGAGUAGAAAACAAGCUGGGCGGGAAUGGACUCGGACUCUCUGUCCCACGAGCAUCUGACGUUGCAGAUGGUGUUGAUGGGGUCAGAGCUGCCGUCCGAAGGAGGGUCGGAGAAGGUGCCGACUUGAUCAAGUUCUACAGUGAUUACCGACGCAAAACGAUGCGGUUCCCUCCAGAUGUGCCUGGACCCGGUGGAAGGGUCUUGUUCCCCCCCAAGAGGAGGAACCCGGCAGUUCCGUUGUACUCCAAGGAAGAAAUGGAAGCUAUCGUCAAGGAAGCACAACUAGCCGAGAUUCCUGUUGCUGCUCACGCUGGCGAAACCAAGGCCGCGCUGUGGGCAGCAGACGCAGGUGUCACAACUAUUGAACACAUCUUUGAGGAUACCGCCGAGUUGGAGCAGCCACUCUUCCAGAAAAUGGUAGAGAAGAAGACAAUAUGGGUCCCUACUUUGGCUACUGCCCAGGCGCUGCCUGCCGAUAUGUUUCGGGAGUGCAAGCUUAGGGUCAAAAGGGCGUGCGACCAUGGAGUGCGCUUGGCUGCUGGUGGGGACACCGGGACGUUCAGUCACGGCCUCAAUGCACGGGAAGUCGAGAUCAUGAUACAGUGCGGCGUUUCUGUCGAGGAAUCACUGGAAGCGGCGACUAUUUCCGGUUGGGAAGCUUGUGGUGGAGAUCUUUCUGGGUUCAGGGUUUGGGUGGUUUGA